GCUGCAUGACCCAGCCCAGCAUCACUAGUGAGGGGGUAGGUCAGUUAAGCUAAAAGGGGAGGGAGAAUAAGGUGGGAGGAGAAGGGUAUAUAGGAGAGCUAGUGAGGGCUGGCUAUCCACCAUUUUAGGUGAUAGCAGCAGAGGAAAGAUCAUGGCUACCAACCUUGAUGAGAUGCUGGCCCGGAUCAGAGCCGAAGCAGAGAGAAGAGGAGAUGACUGGCUGCGUCAGUUCCUUCCCAGCCUGGAGGAUCCACAGCCCACGACACCCACCAGGAGACCCCGCAGAGCAAGACCACCCACCAGGCUGAGCCCAUCACCCCCAGUGCGCAGGAGAAGGCCGACGUCACCCAGCCCGCAGCCAUCCACCAGCAGGAGCUCAGGACGGAGCAGAGGCACCGGAGGCAAGGGACCCACUCCCAGCACCCCCCCGACCAGGCAGAAGGACCCGGACACCCCGACCGGCAGACCACGUGGAGGAGGAAUGGCGACCCGGCAGAGAGGCGGAGGACCCGACGCGCGCGAUGAUGACGUCACCGGCGCGACGAGCGGCGCUUCAGGAACACCAACGCGGCUCCGGAGACAGGCCAGUACUGGGAGCCGGGAGGGAGGCAGUGCCAUACGGGCCGGGCAGGCAGAGGCGCCAGGGCCCCGGGGAGCACGGGGGGCGGGAGCGCGGGAGAGGCGCAGGGUGGGCGGUCCGGUGGGAGGAGAAGCAGGGGCCCGGGAAGCAGCACAGGGAGGGGGAGGGGAGACAGCGGUAGCGCAGGCCACGGGCGGCACGGCACAGCCGCAAACAAGGAGCGGGCCUGCAAUACAGCAGAGCUGGGCCCCGGUAGCAACACAAGAGAGGGGAGGGGGCAUGGAAGCGGCCCAGGCCGCAUGGCACGCAGCUGGGGCAGACGUGGCAAGAAGCCAAAUGGGGGCAUGCGGGCCUGCUACAAGGUUAGCAGGGGCCCAGGAGAUGCCAUCAAUGGCCCAGGCGGCCUGGGUCCCCACCAGGCCCGGGCCAGGCCCUACAGGGAACCCAAUGGGAGCGGGUGGGCUGCUCACCGCCACCCGGGAGAGUGGAGCUAUGGCGGGCUCGCCCUGCUACAGGCCUCUCCAAACACCAGGGCAACAGGCCGGGCCUACAGGCAAUGGCCAAGAGAGCCAACAGGGAUGGGCCCCAGCACCAACAGGAGAGGCCAACCGGGCGGUGCCCAUGGGCGCUGCGGCAGGGAGGGAGGGAGCAACGGCCGCACAUAGCGUGGCAGCCCAGGGUAUGCCCCCCCCGCUUUGUCUCCAACAGGUACAAGGACCAGGCAACGGCGAGGGCGGGACGCCACAACAGCAACAAGGGAUCACACCAGGAGCCCCAGGCCGAGACAGCACAACCACAAACUACAACAACAGCGCAGGUACGCACGUUGGGCUACAAGGACAAGGACAACUGACGGUAACCAGCACUUCUUCAGCCGCAGCGGGGGGGGGGCAAACGGGCGGGCAAACGCUCACAGAUUUCAUUGACAGUUUGCGACAGCUCUUAGGGCAGUGGGAUGGAAAAAGCCAAACACCGGGAGGGGCACCCAGCGCAGCAGCACCGUCCACAGCACAGGUCACAACAGCACAAGGGUCAAUAGGGGGCCCAAAUAGUGAAGGGAACGGGGAAAAACGGGGGGACAAGCCAGUGCCACUCUCGGACUCAGCCAAGGGGCAUGCUUAUAUCUGUUUCGAAGGCCCCCUAGGGUCACAUCUGAAGCCAGAGGUGCGGGAAAAGAUCUGGAAACGGGAAUACGUGGAUAUCUUUACACUGCUCCCAUUAGAGAGGUUCAACAUUGACAAAUUUGAGAAAGGGAAGGAACACAGAAAGGAGGAGGAUGAAGAUAGGCGCCGCUACAGGCUCAUACCCAGGACAUUCGGCAAUUGGCUACAAGCCUUUGCCAUCCUGGCUAGUGUAGUAGGAGAAAAACACCCCGAGCACUGCUCAGCCCUGUUCUGCUACCUAGACGGAAUCUGGGAGGCACACAGGGUUUACGGGGGCUUAGCUUGGCUGCGCUAUGACGAGCAAUUUCGUCAGAGGAUGGCAGUCAGACAGGAUGUCAGAUGGGACCACCGGGACAUCGGCCUCUGGAUGAGGCUGAUGAACAACAAAGGGUAUCAGGGGUACGGGGGUCCGGGGACGACGGGCCAGCAGCCCUUUCCAAAUAGCUCCAGCGGGCAAACUUCCAGCCCAGCUGGGGCACACAAAAAAGGAGCUUGCUGGGCAUUCAAUGAUAGCCAAUGCAAAUGGGGGGCAUCAUGCCGGUUCAAGCACGAAUGCUCCCUGUGUGCUGGAGCACAUCCACUCAGCAGGUGCUUCAAGAAAGGAAAAGGAACAGGGGGUAAGUUUAGGGACGGCUUUGGGAAAGGGCCAGACGCCGGUGAGGCUAGAAGCGAUGCUCCCAUGGCUAAGUAAAUACCCAGCCAGGGACAAAGCAGAAUUAUUAAAAAAGGGUUUUCGGGAUGGGUUUAGGAUCCCGGGAAGGGAGGGGACACAGGGGGGCCAAUUAAAAAACUUGAAGUCAGCUAACACCAACCCGGGGCUGGUAAUAGAGAAACUUUACAAGGAGGUGAGCUUGGGGCGCAUGGCGGGCCCUUUCAAGGAACCACCAUUACACAACCUUAGAACAUCUCCCCUAGGCCUGGUGCCUAAGAAGGAAGCCGGUAAAUUCCGGCUUAUUCACCACCUAUCACACCCCAAAGGCACCUCAGUGAAUGACGAGAUUGAUAAGGACUUAGUGAAGGUCUCUUAUACCUCCUUUGAUGAAGCAAUACGUUUAGUAGGUAGGGCAGGACGAGGGGCCCUGAUGGCUAAGGCGGAUAUAGAGUCAGCUUUCCGGCUCCUGCCAGUACAUCCGGAAUCACUACACUUACUGGGCUGCUACUUUGAGGGACACUACUAUGUGGACAGGAGUUUACCCAUGGGCUGCUCCAUAUCCUGCGCAUAUUUCGAGGCCUUUAGCACAUUCCUAGAGUGGGUAGUUCGGGAGAAAGCAGGGGUUGCGUCAGUCAUCCACUACCUGGAUGACUUUCUCUGUGUCGGCCCGCAACGCUCCAGCCUAUGCGCAGUGCUCCUUGAGACACUGCAGGAGGUUGCGGAGCAAUUUGGGGUACCGUUAGCACGGGAAAAAACUGAGGGCCCUAUCACAUGCUUAAAAUUCCUGGGCAUUGAGAUUGACACGGUCAGGCAGGAAUGCCGGCUACCCAUGGACAAAGUACUAACGCUAAAAGAGGAAGUAGGAUACGCGAAGCAGGCUAAGAAGGUGACUUUAAAACAGCUCCAAUCUCUCCUAGGAAAACUUAAUUUUGCUUGCCGCAUUAUCCCCAUGGGGAGGGUGUUUUCUAGGAGUCUAUCCAUGGCAACAGCAGGUAUCAGGCACCCCCAUCAUUUUAUAAGGCUCAACUCAGAACACAAAGCUGACCUAGCGGUCUGGAGCACCUUCCUCCAGGACUUUAAUGGGAAAGUAUACUGGCCAGAAGAGGUAGUGGAGAACCCCGAGAUCAGCCUAUUCACAGACGCAGCAGGGGCGACAGGCUUCGGGGCAUACUUGUCAGGCAAAUGGUGCGCGGCGGGGUGGCCCCAGGAGUGGGCCACGCGCAACCUAACAGGCAACCUAGCAUUUCUAGAACUCUUCCCAAUAAUAGUUGCAGUAGAGCUUUGGGGUCGGGAACUGUCCAACAAAUCUGUUUUGUUCCGCUCAGACAACAUGGCAACGGUUCUAGCGGUCAACAACCUAACUUCCUCCUCACGCCCGGUGCUAGCACUACUACGGCACCUGGUACUACGCUGCUUACAACUUAACAUCAGUUUUAGAGCAAAACACAUCCCAGGCGAAAUUAAUGAGAUCGCUGAUGCUUUAUCUCGGUUUCAGUGGAACAGGUUCCGGGGGCUAGCGCCGGCAGCGGAGCAGGAGGGAGAGCGGUGCCCAGACCUUGUAUGGAAUCUGGUGCCUCAGAUGCCCUCCAGUGCAAAGUAUGGCUAAUGGGACACUCCUUCAUACACUGGGCGGAAAGGAGGGCAUCAGUUCGCCAUGCCGACCGCCAAUUGGGUUUCACGGUAUCUCAGGUGAAAUUACACUGGGUUAGUAGAAGAGGGCUCAGGUGGGACGAGAUAGUACCCAGGGCAGUACAGAAAGCAAAGGAGUCGGGCCCGCCUAAUGUCAUAUUACUCCACGCAGGGGGUAAUGAUUUGGGUAUCUGUCCCAUGAAAGCCUUGAUCUCCACCAUUAGGACAGAUUGUUUUAGGCUCAGAUCACUGUUCGAGGGGUUAAUUAUCAUAUGGUCAGAAAUAAUUCCCAGAACCCACUGGAGGGGAGCACGUUCACACAGGGCCAUCAACAGGGUUAGAAUAAAGGUAAAUAAGGCAGUAGCAAGCAACGUACAGAAGAACGGGGGGAUAGUGGUUAGGCAUAAGGAAUUAGAGAAUAACAUGGCCUUUUUUCGCACAGACGGUAUCCACCUGAAUGAGGUUGGGUUGGAUUUGUUUAAUUUUAACUUACAGGAAGCCAUCAUAUUGGCUUUGAAGUCAUGGCGGCGUAUGCAGAGCUGAAGGGGUCCAGCUCUGCAUACUAUGGCGGGUCCUUGUCAGUCUGCCGGGGAGGAAAGCUUGUUCUGGUAAGCCAGAUCAGGUAGAGUGGAUGGUUUAACCCCUAAGGUGGGUGACCAUUGGCGGAUGGAAUAAGAAAGGUGCGCUGAAAAGCGCUGGGUGGGUACUGAAUGUGGCGAAUUGGAAAAGGGGACCAGUUAGGUCCCGGAGUGGCGGCGGUUAUCCUCCGAGCUAGGGAUUUGGCGGCUGGAGGAUAACACGGCUCAAGGCGGUUGUGGAAGGGCAGACUGGCAAGGGGCUCGGGGUCAGUAUUUCAGUUCGGUAAUGUUUGCACUUGUUACAUUGAUGUAUUGUUAUAUUUAAACAUGUUAUGUUUGUAUUCAAUUUUGCACUGUUUGUAUUUAUAAAUAAAGCUGUGGCCACUAUCAUUCCAACAAAUGAUAUCGUCACGCAGUUUUUAUUGGUUAGUAAGGUGAGCGAGUGUAGAUGGAUGCUUG